GCCGCGCAGAAGAAAACAAGCUUAGAAGUCAACAGUGAUGCUAAGCUAACUGAUGCUACAAUCCCUCAACUCUGGACUUUGGCACGCUUUUCCUCUACUUUUACCUGUUUGAUUGUAGUAUUUUAACAAUCGGAACCACAUUAAGACUGAUGACUCACUGAAGACAAAUUUUAAAGAUAGAAACAGUAUGGAAAUCGUACUCAAUGAUGGAUAUUCUUCGAAGCGCUAGCAAGAAAAGCAGUGUCAGAUUGAGUGAUAUUAUUUAACAAUGAUGCUCUUUACAAAAAAUCCAAGCACAUCGUGUAAAUAACUAUAAUUUUCACACUCAAAAACAUGAAGCUCAAAAGCUAGCUAAUUCCCUGCAUUUAGUUUGGCUUGGAGAGAGUCUUGAUCGUGAAAAGUGAGUGAUACUUAGCCGCAGUAGCAGGCUGCAGUGUGGGGAUAACCUCCUGCACCAGGAUCAGAGGCUGUGAGUGAGUUUGAUGGGUCUUCUUCGGAUCAUGAUGAUGGCCCCGAAGUUUUACCUCCUGGCUCUGCUGGCUUUUGGAAUUGCCGUGCUCUUCAUAGAAAAUCAGAUCCAGAAGCUUGAGGAGUCCCGAGCCAAACUGGAGCGCACCAUAGCCAGACAUGAGGUGGCGCAGGUGGAGCAGAGGCACAGUGAGUCUUUGGGGCGAGAGUCAUCAUUGACGUCAGAGAGAGAUGAUUCUGUGAUCAUCUACAACCGAGUCCCAAAGACCGGCAGCACGUCCUUCACCAACAUCGCCUAUGACCUGUGCCCCAAGAACAACUUCCACGUACUACACAUCAACACCAGCAAGAACAACCCCGUCAUGUCCCUACAAGACCAGGUGCGUUUUGUCCGAAAUGUGACUUCCUGGAAAGAGAUGAAACCAGGCUUUUACCACGGCCAUGUCGCCUAUCUCGACUUCUCCAAGUAUGGAGUGAAAGGGAAGCCGCUGUAUAUUAAUGUGGUGAGAGACCCUAUAGAGCGUCUGGUGUCCUAUUACUACUUCUUAAGGUUUGGAGACGACUACAGACCUGGACUACGAAGGAGGAAGCAAGGAGAUAAAAAGACUUUUGACGAGUGUGUUGCGUCUGGAGGCUCAGACUGUGCUCCGGAGAAGCUGUGGCUGCAGAUCCCUUUCUUCUGUGGACACCACUCCGAGUGCUGGAACGCAGGCAGCCACUGGGCUCUGGAGCAGGCCAAGCUGAACCUGGUGAAUGAGUACCUUCUGGUGGGAGUGACCGAGGAGCUGGAGGACUUCAUCAUGAUCCUGGAGGCUGCGGUGCCCAGGUUUUUCAAAGGAGCCACAGAGCUCUACAAGUCAGGAAAGAGGUCGCAUCUAAGGAAGACCACAGAGAAGAAGGCCCCGACCAAAGAGACCAUCGCCAAACUGCAGCAGGCCAACAUCUGGAAAAUGGAGAAUGAGUUUUAUGAGUUUGCUCUUGAACAGUUUCAGUUUGUGCGUGCCCAUGCUGUCAGGGAGAAGGAUGGAGAACUAUAUGUGUUGGCACAGAGCUUCUUCUAUGAAAAAAUCUACCCCAAAGUCAACUGAGAUAUGGGACAUCUGGACACUAAGGGGUUAAACACUGGGUCCCAAUAGACGCUGGUCUGUCUAGUGCCGAAUGCUGGAAUCUGCUCCCUGAAAUUUAUAUUUGGGGAAAUUUGCUCAAUGGAAACUUUUAUUAUUGCCGCCAGUGCAGCUGUUGAGGAAGCUCAACAUGAAAAACUGGGAUCAAGCAGAGAUGUAGUUUUGACUUUUACACAAUUUGUCUCUAGACUAAGUCUUGAAUUGCAUUUCAUUCCAUACAUCCAGUGUGAUUAAAGAUGAGUUGUUUUUAUAUAGUUGUAUUUCUUUUCAACACUAAUGGAUAAAUGAAAUAAACUUUUUUGAAGUUUGAACAUAAUAUUUUUGACUGACACAGGGUUAAACAAUUUGAACAUUCUUUUAAAUCUUUGAUACUUGUUGGUUAAAAUAAACAUUAAUGAACAAAGCUGGCACAUAUUUUAAAAGGUCUGUAACCUAUCUGGGGGAUUUCUAGGUACUGUUCUGUACUGUACUGUAGUAUGGUAGUUGAUGGGGGCAAACUUCACAAAGUAGCUUCACUUAUACACUACAGCAACAUUUGUACAUGUACCACUGGCGGUACGUGGAACCCCCUAUUGUUUGAGUAUUACUUCAAAUCUAUAAUGUUUUGUUGUCCUUUGUGUUUAUCAUUGAAGAACUACCUUAUCCAGUCUCUUUUUAGACUUAAUAUAGUUUAGAUCUAAAGGUACCCAGAAAUUCAAAGAGUGGUACUUUGUGGGAAAACACUGAGAAUCACAGCACUACAACAUAGUUCUUUUCAUAUAAGUAAUGAGAAAUGGGUCACAGUUGACCUUAACCUGCCUAUACAGCUUAUACUACCAUUGAGCAAAAUAAAUAAAUUAGAUCAUGUUAUUCAAAAUGACCAUGUUAUAACAUUGUUCCCACAUCAAAAAUGUACCUGGAAUUGUAUUUAGUUUCUUUAAUGGUUGUUUGAUUAAUUCUCUGAUAAUUCAGAAAACGUCUGUUUCAAUUUUACUUGGAUUGUGACCUCAAAGAUAGAGAUCUGGGCGUCUCCUGAACACGUUUUCCAUAUGAUUCUGUCCAUAAAUCACCAGGCUCAUCCUGAGCAUUUCUACUGUAAAACUGGGUUAAUUAACUUUAUGCUUAUGAUAACAUUCUGGCUAAAAUGCUAAAAUAGCUAGAAUUUUUUUCCAUGGUAAUUCCCACUGUUACCAGCGGAUGGUGUGCUAACACCAAAUCCAAGAGAGGGAGUGUAGACUUGAUGCAACUUGAUUUGUAUUUUAAGUUUUAAAGCAUGAAAAUCCAAAGCAAAUGUGCUCCAGAGCAUGCUAAAAGGGCAAUAACAGUACAAAUACACCUAAUAUGUGUCCUUUAAAGCAAUAUCAUCUUCAUGGAGACAAGAAAAGUUGUGCAUUACACCUUUUACAAGAGCCAACAAACAGCAGAACAAAACUGAUCUUUCCAUUCACUUUUCAAAGAAGCAUCACAUCUCCAGUCCUUGUUUUCUGAUGACAUUGUUUUUGUACAAUGUCUUUCUACAAGCAGCUGACAUGUUUUGGACCAAACCUUUGAGAGAACUGGGCCACGAGGUCCUUGUAGUGGUUGGCAAAUUGUUUUUAUUCCAUCCUGAGAUGUUGUCAAUUCUCCAACGUGUUUUACAUGCCUUUGAAGAUGCUGGGCCACUUUUUGAUACUGAACUGAAAUUAUUAAUGGGAAAUGAAGUGAUGUGUGAUUUGGGGUGGACACAGGGUUAGCUAUGGGACUGAUGUGACAGAUGCAGAGAUAGUGCCUUGAUUCAGACUGGAGUUUUAUUGGUUAUGAAUUCAUUUGAACUGAUUGUUCUUUUAACACAUUGACAUCAAUACAGAACUACCCUCAUCUCUG